UUGUUAACACUAAAAGAAGAACGUGAGUAGGUUAGGGUUUCUGUUAAGAGGCUCGCGAUCUCGUUUUGUCUUCCUUUUCUGAGGCCAGCAUUGAGUUGAUAUCCGGGACGAGGAAAGGCUGUAGUUCCCCGAGGAGUUGCCUCUCAAGAGUGCUGUCGUUUUCGCAGGCCAGACCAUAAAGGUGAGUUAAAACAUCCUACUGAAGAGCUUGAGACCCAGAGCCCCUUCCUCCCUGCAGGCUUUCAUCCUCGCCAUGGCUGAACUGAUCCAAAAGAAGCUGCAGGGAGAAGUGGAGAAAUAUCAGCAGCUGCAGAAGGACUUGAGUAAAUCCAUGUCCGGGAGGCAGAAGCUGGAGGCGCAGCUAACGGAAAAUAACAUCGUGAAGGAGGAGCUGGCCCUGCUGGACGGGUCCAACGUGGUCUUUAAACUUCUGGGUCCCGUGCUGGUCAGACAGGAGCUGGGCGAGGCUCGGGCCACGGUGGGGAAGAGGCUGGACUACAUCACGGCCGAAAUUAAGCGCUAUGAAUCCCAGCUCCGGGACCUGGAGCGGCAGUCAGAGCAGCAGAGGGAGACCCUUGCUCAACUGCAGCAGGAGUUCCGGCGGGCCCAGGCCACCAAAGCGGGGACUCCGGGGGAGGCCUGACCCCACGGUGGGGGCCGGGCGGGAAUGAGGCAGCUCGAGGGCCUGUGAUGUAGGAGGUAAUAAAAUGUAAUCGUGUCUGGC